UAUUCUUAUAGGAGCUUCACCUUUUCUAGUUUCUGGUGGCGCAAUACAACCUUUGGAUACUCAAGUUACAUAUGUGGAAAAUCUUUAUCGUCAAGCGGCUGGACAAUACAAGUCCUUUGACAAAGCCAGCCACAGAGAUUCGAGCUUUAUACCUUUCGGAUUCAAAGAAUAUGUACGCCAUAAAAUUCCACUGAAACGUGUUAUCAAUGGGGCGUACUGUUGCUUCAUGGACCCCUUGGGGAAGAUCUAUUACUAUACAACCCUUACUCUCGAUCCAUUUUACUUCAAGGUCUUAAAAAACCUCCUCAUUUACGAGAUCGUUUCCGGAAAAGCUGCAUAUCUUCACACAGCCUUAAAUUUAUAUUUGAGUAUGUGCACAUGUGAAGAGGAUUUCAAAUUAAUGAUUGAAUACGGCGUCAUUCAAUGGGACUUUCCGAUGGAAGGUUAUGAAAGCUUUUGCGAAAAGAUAAAAGAGCUGUUGGAUGUUAUGUAUUGUUGGAAAUUUUUGAACACUUUAACGUGGCACACCGAGAUGGUCAAGAUAGCCUAUUGGAAGGAUAAAAAAGGCGACACGUCCAAUUGGAAUGACUUUGCGUCGACCUGUUAUUCCAAUGGUUUAUUGAAGAAAGAAUUAGAUAGUGUUUUAUAUAAGAGUCUCGCUUAA